GCGGUGAACGUCUGCAGUAAGAUAACGCGUGUUUUGAUACAUAUAUAAUAGAUAAGACAUAAGGACAUUUUCUUUUCAUCACAGUCCUUUCUAAUUUAAGGUUUCAAAAAUGCUCAGACUAUUUCUAUAUUUUGUUGGAGUAGUUUAUGUGUCUGCCCUUCCGUAUUACAGAGACCGAAUUCCAAAUGGAUACGCCGUAUUUAAUCCUUGUGGUGCUGCAUUCUGGGAAGCCGUAGGACAUUAUAAUCCAUACCACCACACAAUUGAAAAAAAUCCAUUUGCAAAGGCUUUCGCUGCUGCUGGACACAAAUGGACGGUAGAUCUAUGUCACGCAGACUCGGACGGGGACGGAAAAUCGAAUGGUAAAGAGUUGGGUGACCCUCACUGCACCUGGAGUCCAGGGUCCACACCUCACGGAAAUUCAAUUGGUCAACCAGGUAUAUGUGAACCUGUUGGAUCCGGGCCAUGUGCUUCAAAAGCGUUUUCCUGUGGAUGUAGUGGCCAUUCUUGUGUUGGAUAAUACAUAUACUUUAAUAAAGAUAUUUGUUCUCCAAA